AUGACCAGUCUUCGUACAAAUAUAGAAGCGCCCAGCGCAGAAUUUUUGAAAAAAUCCUCCCUAUUCCCAAGCAAUUCAUGUCAACGUCAUCCUCCCCGUCUUCCUGAUCCCUCCUCCUCCUCCCCUUUACCCCCGCCCCCCAUCCCAGACCCCGCCCCCUUCAAGGCCCCGCCCCCCAGCCUAGAACCCGUCCCUUUCAAGUCCCCGCCCCCCAACCCAGACCCCGCCCCCUUCAAGUCCCCACCCCCAUCCCAGACCCCGCCUCCUUCAAGUCCCCGCCCCCCAUUCCAGAUCCCGCCCCUUUCAAGUCCCCGCCCCCCAUUCCAGACCCCGCCCCUCUCAAGUCCCCGCCCCCCAUCCCAGACCCCGCCCCUUUUAAGUCCCCGCCCCCUAGUCUGA